CUGAGUAAGCGAGAAAGCCAAGUACACCGAAUCGGCGUUUUGUCCUUGCAGGCUUUCGGUGUAUCAAAUUGAAGCAUUUUUUGUUUAGACACUUGUAACUGAUCUAUGUCAAGUUACGAGCCAAAAAUUGAAAUUGUUACAGAAAGUGAUCAAAAUCAAGUUUCAUUUUGGCAUAUAAUACCUAAUAAAGUUUUCGUGUGGCAUAACACCUUCGUCAACAUGGUUAAAACUAGGAGCGAAUUUAGGUUUCUUGUUUACUCGGGUGCGAUAUUUGUAUGUUAUUCUGUAUUCGCUAUGUUACAAGAGAAAAUUACACGUAGCAAGUACGGUGAAAAUAAUGAAAAGUUCACGUGUACACUAUCCUUGGUGCUUACACAGUGCAUCGUUAAUUACACAUUUGUCCAGCUGUUGAUGCUAUCAUGGAAGAAAGAAGCCGACUCAACAAGAAAGGUGUAUUACUUCUCAUCAGCCCUGACCUACCUUCUCGGUAUGGUGUGCUCCAAUAUGGCUCUGCAAUGGAUCAACUAUCCAACACAGGUAGUUGGAAAGGCAGCAAAACCUAUCCCAGUGAUGCUGCUUGGUGUUCUAAUCGGUCACAAGUCUUACCCAAUGAAGAAGUAUCUAUUCGUCCUAUUGAUAGUGAUUGGUGUUGUAUUGUUCAUGUACAAAGAUCAAGGCGCCAAGAAGGUUCAAGAUGAUUCCUCUGGACUUGGUAUUGGAGAGAUGUUACUGUUCCUCUCACUCACCAUGGACGGCCUGACAGGAGCUGUACAGGAACGUAUCAAGAGCGAGUCUUCGCCUUCUGCUUAUGCUAUGAUGCUGAACACUAAUUGGUGGUCGACUUUAAUACUGUCAGUAGGAGUAUUGCUGAGCGGUGAAAUAUUCAAGUUCAUCACUUUUGUGUCGGUGUACCCAGAGGUUAUAAUCUACCUCAUUGGUCUCGCCGUAGUAGGUGCGAUGGGACAAAUGUUCAUAUUCUUCAUGGUAGCCGAGUACGGCCCUCUUCCCUGCUCAGUGGUGACCACGACGAGGAAGUUCUUCACUGUGUUAACAUCAGUCAUCUUGUUUGGCAACGUACUGAUACCACGACAGUGGCUUGGAGCCAUCUUGGUGUUUUCAGGUUUGUUCCUAGACAUGUUCUACAGUAAAGGCAAGGCGCCUCCGAAGCGAGUGGCAGAAAAAUAAUUAUUUAGUUCAAUUAUAACUAAGUAGCAAAUAAUAAGUAUAAGCCCUGUUCCCAACUGUUUGUCAUUUUGAAAUAAUUGGGCCUUUAGUUACAAAACUGUGUUUUCUUUGCCUAACUCUGAUAAGGUUCAUGUAUAGUUUUUGUAUCCGGGAGUAUAAUUAAUUAUACUGCAUUUUUAACUACUUAAAAAAGUUAAACAAGGUGCGUUGAUUUGUCUAACAUAAAUGUUUCAAAUCAAAUAUACUACUGAAAUAAAUCAGUAGUUCUUUAUUUAAUACUAUGAGUGUAUGUUUGUAUGAGAACACCAAGAUUUAGAUCCAAUGAUUGGUAUUACUUUUAAUUGUCUGUUAUAUCUGUAGUCAGAUGAUGUGAAAUCAUUUCACAAUGUGCAAGAAAAGUUCAAAUUUAUAUUACACAAGAAAAUAGUGCCAACAUAUUUUUUCCAUUUAUUAAUUUUUUUUUUUUUUUCGUGAGCCCAUUAUUUAACCGUCUUAAGUAACUAUUGCUAUUUUUAUCAACAUCAAUUAAUGAAAUAAGGGUUCGAGAAAAAAAAAUGAUUUUAUGCGAAAUGUAUAAAUGAUACAGGCAGAUAUCAAAGGCUUUUUGGAUUUGACCGUUUGUGUAUUUGCUAUAUGAUUAUUCAGUCUGUUACUUGACUUAGCGACAUCUAUUUUUUUUUAAAACAUUAAGCUAAACCUUAAUCAUCAAAAGGAUAUGACAAUGGCACUAUAUUUUUUAUUUCCUUAUUUUAUGAAUUCUGGUCUAAAAACCUCUUUAGAGUUAGCCUUAUUACUGGCAGCAGCGGGAACAGGGCUUUUACUUCUCACUAUGAUUGUUUGUGCAAUGGUACAAUUACUUCAAUGACUUAGCAAAUUGUUUAUAAGAAUGUUUGAGUAGUUAGUUUUAUAUUUGAAAACCUUCACGAAUUUACCAAUUCUACUGUAAUGUGCAUUGUUUUACUAUCAAUCAUAAAUUAUAUUUAUAAAUUUAUGUAUAUUGGAUUUGUGAAGCAUUUUAUUGAUGUUUAUUUAUAUUUGUCUUAAGAUUAAGUGUAACUGUCACAGUCUGAGUUCCGUUGAGGAAUGAAAGGCCAAUGUUUUACCAGUACCGACGAUUUCAACUUCAAUAAUACAAACCUCGCUCUAAGGAGUUUUAUGUUUAAUUUCUUCUUACACAAAUCACAGUCAAAAUACACCCAGACUUAUGAAAAGUAUAUUAGUUGAACAAUUAUUGCUUGUCUCAUGCGGAAAUCUUAACAGCAGCACGUGACGCACAGUCUAUAUUCGUAUAAUGACUGCUCGUCUAUAUGUGAAGGUGCAGAAGGUUUUAAUUCCGUGAUCAUGGGCGUUUUUGCAUACACACCACGUUCUUGAAAAACAGCGCGCCACGCCACAUGAAAAAUAAUAGAUGUUGUAUGCUGUUCAACUUUGGCCUUUAUAUUAGAUUAAAUCCAAAACACUCUUAGUGCUACAGUUUUCACAAAAAUGUUUAUAGCCCAUGAUAUAAAACCCAAUGUUUCAGCUGUCGAUGCUUAAGUAGAAAUAUGUAAAUUUUAUCUAUACAAAACUUUUGUAAUAUAAAUAAAUUAUAUAUACCCACAUGUAUACAUUAUGAAAUGGUAUAAAUGCUAUAACGCAUUAGAAGAGUAAGUAUGAUUACUAAAUGAGUCUUAAUUUCGACUCUAUUUAAGAGAACUAUAUUGUGUCUGAAUUAAAUUCAGCAUUUUAUUUCUAUAGUAGUCUUAACAUCAAGUUUUUGUCGACGGAGAUUACUAAGUAUUGUUUUAAUAAUUAUUUUAUUUUACUUUCCAUUCCAUUCUAUUACGUUGUUAAUUUUAGCCGUCCUUAGUCUGCGUUUUCACCAAGGAUACGUAAAGACGUUUGAUGUUCUUAAAUACUAAUACAUUCACUUCAUUACAUAGAUUUGUGGAGACUUUUUUUACGAUAGUUACAUGGUGGUUUCGCAGCCUUAGCCUGACGCAAGGCAAAACAAGUCUCGGAUACCUAACGACUAUAGUCCUUGUACGUCUGAGGUUUUGGUUGUCUUAAGAGGCUUAAUUCGUCUGGUCCUGAGAAUUUGGAUCGUCCUUAUGUGCUCGCCGGCCAUUUAGUUUCUGUUCCUAGUUUAUAAGUUAUUGUGUUGAAUAAAAAAACUAAAUCUGUCUUUUAUACAAGUAUAAUUGAAAUGUUUACAGGAUCGACUAAAUGAGAAUUUACCAACCAUGUUGUAAAACAUUCGUUUCAACAUAAAAAUAAUAAUGAAUUAGAAAAGCAUUAUUUAUAAUAAAUUUAAUUUAUUUAUUCAUAUUUGUAGUCUUAGGUUUUCUCUAUAGACAUAUAACCGACUUUAUUGUUUUAGAAAAAAAUGUAUAUGAAAAAUUAAAGAGUUAUAAAUGACAUGUGUAAUAUUAACGCUCAAGUUUUGCAUUUUAUAUCAUAAGCUAGCCUUUGGCUAAAGGAAAUAUAUUAAUUUAUAAUACAGCUGUUGUUUAGUAAUUAUAACUGAGCAUACAUCGACAGUGUUCGUCUGUAAAGAAACCAAAUAAAUAAUGAUUAAUGUUUAUAGGCCUAAUUAUCUGAUGACGUGUGCACAAAUAAAGCUAAGAUUACUACGACACUGACCCGCAACUUCUAAAGCGUUAAUCAACACAAGAAGUUGCCAGCAUACGUCAUAUGCUAUGAUCGGUGGUUUUCUUUUGGCCAACCAAUCACAGCAUUCGGUUUUAUGGCGACAAAACCUUAAGUUAUAUCAAAAAUAUAUUCUAUAACAAGGUAGUUCAAACAUAUUAUAUAUUAUACUCGAUAGUUUUAAAUAUAAAAAAAAUACUAGAACUAUUUUAAAAUGUACUAUCGACGAAAUUGAAUCAUGACCUACCCCGACAUUCGAAUAUGCAUAAAAGUUCGACACUCGCGUUAACCCGUGGCGUUAACAUACAUUUCCAUGGUAUGUUUCUUAUGUCAUAAAAAUGAUAAACUAUUUGUUACAGAAGAAAUAUUUGCACAAAGAAAGUAAAUAACACAAUCCUAAAAAAAAUCGGCACUCGAUUUUAAAAGAAAAUAAAUUCUAUUAAUUGGAAAUAGUUUUAGAGUAAGAGCCAGGCAGUAAGGCACCUGUAGAGCCGUUUAUCUGCCAAAGCCACCAUGACCCUAACCCCAUAAUCGACCAUUGUUCUCACCUAUGUUAGAAGUAUCUGCUAUCAGCUUUCAUAAAAUAACGUAGGUCUGGGGUCCACGGGCUCUUAGACCAUUUGAAGAGGUAAAUCUUUGCUGUUUUUGUAGGAUCCAGCGUCCAAAGGGCCAAGAUUCAAUUUUGUUGAUUGUACCUGUAUACAUAUAUCUUCUAUAAAUUAUUUUUGAUAGUCACCAAUCUGAUAAUAAUGCUAUAUAAUAUUAAAGAGAGAUAAACCUGUAUACCGAAGUAGUCUUCCUCGCAAAGGAAUUAUACCAAUUUUAUAAAACAGUAAAUAAUUUUAUAAAUAGAUGAUGAUAUAAAUAAAUACAAAAGUUAGUGUUUAAAAAUUGUUAAAUAUCCAAAGAUAUAAUUUCUUUGCUAUAUUUAGUGCACGCAGAUCCUUAUGUUCAAUAAUAAUUAUGACGCACCUUGCGUUGGUGGUAACUAAGAAAUCUAACUCAAAACUGCUCUAGAUUCUUUAAAAUCAGUCUUAUUCCAUUCACAUAAGGGUCCUUUUGAGUUACCAGUACCGCUAACAUAAGGUCGUUAUCCAUCCUCCAAUGGUUUGUAGGCCUUGUCCAGCCAAAUAUUUUGUUACCGAUUACAGUUUAACGCAUUUAAUAAGGCUGUUGUAUACACAAUGUUUCUUUUGAAAAGGAAAUUCUAUUUAUUUGUAAAAUAUACAUUUUUAACAAG